CUGUUAUACACAUAUCUAGGUACUGUUCAGGGAGCAAGUAAUGGAGAUUUGUUGAACUUGGCAGCAGAGUAUGCCGAUAAAGGCGCACAGUGCCUGGAAGCAGCAAAUUUGGAACAAAGCAAAGAGAACAUGUUAUGGCUACAAUCCUGGGAUGCUUUUAUGGUGAAUUGGGUUGGACGACCACUUGUGGAAAGUCAAGAGUUGAAGACUCUCAUUCGCACGGGAAUCCCUGAAGCAUAUCGAUCACGGGUUUGGAAGGGGUUGAUACAACUCACUAUGAAGGAAAAAAUAACGGAAUUGGGAAAUGGAUAUUAUAGCAGUAUGCUCCGCAAAACUCUCACUCAGCAGGAGAAUGGGGUUUACGACACUUCCAUUAAGCAGGUUAGGCUCAUAUUGUGUUACAGAAAUAGUUCUUACUAA